UUUAAUGAAUUUUUUCUCAAAAAAAUGAAAAUUUCUUUUUUCGAUAAUGGAGUUUUUCUUAAAAAAUACUAGUAGUAUUUUGUUAAGUAGUCCUAAAAAAAAUUAAAAAUAAAAAAAAUUUAAAUGAAGGUCAAAAUACACUUAUAAAAAAGAAAAAUGAGAGAGAAAAAAGAUUCCAAUAAAUAAAUAAAAUAGAAAGUUUUCUUAUUAUUAUUAUUAUUAAAUUAGUUCAACCCUGUUGGUACGUAUAUCUCUUUUUUCAACUAACAACCCUUUAUCCUCCGCCCCAUGCUCUCAACUCGCUUAUAUUUCUCAGCACUUUUCAACUCAAAUAAUAAUUGAUACUAAAAAAUUAAUCUACUCCUCCGGACCACAGCUGCCGCCGUAUCUUCCGCCUAUUUCUACUCAAAAAAGAUGGAGAAAAAACUGCGUGUAGAGAUAGACCAAAUGCCUCCACGUGGAGCUCACCACAGGCGGGCGCACUCUGACACAACUUUCCGUUUCGACGAUCUUAUCCUCUUCGACCCUUCCGACCUCGAUCUUUCCUCCCUUGACCUCCCACCUUCCUCCUCCAAUCCCACUCCGCUACCCGUUACCCCCGUUCCCGCCGAUUCCUCCGACGACUCCUCGUCCAACGGCCACCCCCCUCGCUCCUCCCACAGUAACCCUAGGCAUAACUCUUCCCACCUCCGUAGUCUUUCUGUUGACUCUGAUUUCUUCGACGGAUUCGGGUUGACUGGACCCGCUAUUUCCGCAGGAGCUGGAGAUGAGAAAUUUGGCGGGAAAGGAGGGGUGGGAGAGAAGAGAGUUCACCAUAGACAUAGUAACUCGAUGGAUGGGUCGACUACGGCGUCGUUUGAGGUUGAGUCUUUGAUGACCGUUGAUGGUGUAAAGAAGGCUAUGGCUCCUGAUAGACUCGCUGAGCUUGCCCUUAUUGAUCCCAAGAGAGCUAAAAGAAUUCUGGCUAACAGGCAAUCGGCUGCGCGUUCAAAGGAGAGGAAGAUUCGAUACACGAAUGAGCUGGAGAAGAAGGUUCAGACUCUUCAGACAGAAGCUACCAAUCUCUCCGCACAGGUCACAAUGUUACAGAGAGACACUACUGGGUUGACCACUGAGAAUAAGGAACUCAAACUACGGCUACAGGCUAUGGAGCAAGAAGCACAGCUAAGAGAUGCUCUGAAUGAAGCAUUGAGGGAAGAAGUGCAACGGCUUAAGAUACAAGCUGGUCAAAUGUCGGCUAUGAAUAGAAAUCCUUUCAAUAGAGGACUACCUCCUCAAUUUUUACCCCACCAACCCACUCCACAUCACUUUGCUGUCCAGCAGACCAUCCAACAGCAGCAGCAGCUACAGAUGCCUCAGUCAUCCACCAACAACCAAACUCUCAAUGGACAGCGUCACUUGGAUUUUAACCAGAGGGCUUAGUUUCUAGUUUGAAGCUAAUGCUUGGAAAACAUAAGAAAAUUCGUUCAAGAUAGCAUCUUGUACAUGUAAGUAUGUGUAUGCCUUGCAGGUUAAGGUUGUGAAAGAGUGUCAGUCGGAUCAGUCCCUUUGUGUCAGUGUCACUUCACGUAUGGCUUUAUCACCAUUGGAGUAGAAAUGUAUUUCAAUGUGUUGUUUAGGGAGAUUAGGGUCUAAUUUUAUUGCAUAAUUGAUAGCUAAAUGAUGUUGUAACUAAUCUUUAUUUCUAUAGAAUAAUUAUCCACUGGAGAUGGUAUAUAA